UCACUGAGAAAUUUUAAGUGGUUGUUUUACAGUAUUUUAUCUCUUCGGAGAAUCCUAACCCUUUCUUGAGAUACUUAGAGAGAAGAUAAGUGGUUGAACUGAAAGGUCAUGUGUUGUGCUGUUGACCAGAUUAUCCCUCUACCAUCAGCAUAUGCCUGUUCUAUCUUCACCAUGGAAAAGCCUUUGCUUUUGUAUACAUUUGUGUUCCACUGGCAUUUCCUACAUGCUUUAUUCACUGUUGAAGCUCCACAGUCAACCUACACGGCGGAAUAUGGGAACAAUGUGACCAUGGAAUGCACAUUUCCAGUGAAUGGGCAAUUAAAGUUUAGAGAUUUAAGUGUCAGUUGGGAAAAAAAAGAUGAUUCUAGAAAAGAUGUUUAUGUACUUCUCAAAGGGGAGGAAGACUUCAACAGUCAGCACCAUGACUUUAAGGGAAGAAUAAAAUUGUUGAAAGAGAAACUGAACUUUGGGCAGUCUGUCCUUCAGAUCACUGAUGUUAAGCUCACGGAUGCAGGGUCUUAUCGCUGUCUUAUUGGCUAUGGGGGAGCUGACUACAAGAUGAUCAGUUUGAAAGUUAAGGCUCCAUAUAGAACCAUAAACCAAGGAGUGGUGAGUACAGGAGACAAAGAAUGGAAGUUAACAUGCCAGUCAGAAGGAUAUCCGAAAGCUGAAGUAAUAUGGCAAAAUGGAGGAUAUCAGGAUUUCACUGAUAAGGCAAACACAAGUUAUGAAACUGGAAAUGAUCAGCUCUAUCGUGUGACAAGUACACUAACAAUCAAAAGCRGGAUGGAUGAGAAUUUUUUCUGUACCUUCUGGAACAGAGAGCUUCAAGAAAAUACAUCUGCCAUUUUAUACGUAACAGAUGCAGCUGAGGAUAUUCUGUGGACUAGGAACAGACGCUUUGUUGGUGCAGUUCUGAUUGUGGUAGCUGUCUUCGGAUCAGGCUUUCUGUUUAUGCUCUGCGUAAGAAAAGAGCUGUUGAAAAAUGGGCAUAAACAUGAUCGCAGAGAUGUUUCUUCUGAAGAGGAAGACCUAAAAUAUGGGCCAAUUGAGAAGACUUACUGUAAGAAGGAGAAGCUUUUUUCAUCAGUGAAUAUUUGACAGCUUCAAUGUUCUAUUUUCUGUUUAUUGAAAGGGGAUUUUAAUAUUUCGUUUUUAUUUUGAGAUUGCAAUUUGUUUCCAUAUAUUCCAUAUUUGUAAGUCAGGAAAAAUUGCAAUGGAGCAAAUAGAAUUAUGAUGGUAUAAAAAAGCCUUUAGAUUCAGACCUCUGUCUGCAUGUUUGAAUAGGUAUGAAGAUACUUAUUCUCCAAUCUCCACAUUUCUGCUUUGUCAAUAUUAUGCACUUUCAAGACCACAUUUUAUUUAAAGGCCUCUUUAAAGAAAAGCACUUUAGGUCUAUGACCCCAAUGAAUUUUGUAGCUCUUUCUAGAAUAUUCCAUCUUCUAGGAUGUUUUUCCACCUGGAUGUCUCAAUUCUCUGCAGAACAUUUGCUUGUCAACUUGUAAAGAAAAUGUUUAAUACUUUGAUCCACAUAAAAUAUUAGGGUGCGACACUGCAGAACGCCAUAGGAGUAGGAGGUUAUCUUCCUUAUUGUAGGUUUUAAAAAUAUUGUUACCCACAGCUAUGCUGAAACAUUAGGAAACUCACUGGAUACUGAAGUCUGGAAAUAAUUAUGUAAUACUGAGCUGCUUACACCUCCUGUUUUGAAGAAGUUCUUUUGGGGAUAUAAUUUCUUUGUGUGAUAUAGCUGGCACUACUUGGUCACUUUUCUGAUUACCAUUUGGAGACAAUGCAACUCUUUGGACUUUCAGGAAGAGCAGAUCUUGAUUUAGGCUGGCUUUAUAUUCACUUUUUUUUUAAUUCAUCUUGGAAACAGGAGGGGAACAUUCGUAUUUCAAGGACAUGAAA